AGUUGGCGACUUGGCAGUUGGCACUUGGCAGAGGAAUUAUAAUUUUACCAAUAUUGAUUAUUCGUUUAGCUCCCUUCUCUAAUAGGAAAUGCCUGUAAUUAUAAUUUGCGGCACUCCCGUAAGUGGAAAAACAACUAGAGCCAGAGAAAUAAAAGACUAUUUUGAGAAGACACAUAACAAACAAGUUGAUAUUAUAUCAGAGGAUGAAGCUAUAAUAAAGUUGGGUUAUGACAAGGAAUCAACAUACUUAGAUUCUCAAAAGGAAAAAAGGGUGCGUGGGUACCUUAAGUCUGAAGUCAUACGACUCAUUAAUAAAGAUAACAUUGUCAUAUUGGACGGCAGUAACUAUAUAAAAGGCUAUAGGUAUGAGCUAUACUGUGCAUCAAAAGCAUCUAAAUCUACACAAUGUACAGUAUACACAAUAAGGUUUCACCAGGAUGCAUGGGAUGAUAAUCAGAAAAGGGUUAAAGCUAAGGAAGAAUCAAAUGGAAACACUGAUAUCCAUACAGAACCUUAUACUGAAGAGAUUUUUAAUGCUCUUACUAAAUUAAGGUUUGAAGAGCCAAACUCUAAUAGUAGAUGGGAUAGUCCCCUGUUCACUGUUCAACCAUCUGACAUAUUGGAUCUCGAAGCAAUAUACAAUGUACUUUAUAAGCGGAAGCCUCCUCCACCUAACAUGAGCACACAGAAUCCACCACUGUCAUCAACAAACUUUUUAUACGAACUUGACAAUACUACACAAGCAAUAUCAAAACGGAUUCUUGAAGCAAAGGAAUUUGAUGCUUCUGAAGUGAAAUUUUCUGAAUAUCCUGGAUGUGUUCUUGAAGCAAACUUCCUACAAACAAUAAACCCACAAAGUCUGCUCAGAUUAAGACGGCAGUUCCUUACAUAUGCUAAAAUGAACCAUUCAAAUGAAAAUUCUAAUAAACUUGGUAGAUUUUUCAUACAAUAUUUAAAUAAAUCUUUGAUGAAUUAGUA